UUCCAGACGAGCAGAGGUGCGAGAAGUUUGGAGUGGAAAAAGCAAUGUUGACUGGUGCUGCAGUAUAACAGAGUGCUUGAAUCUUGUGGGGAGCAUAAUAGGAGGACUCUGUUCACCCCUUCCAGUGUAAAGUUGUAUCUGCUUAAGUCAAUAUGAACUCUCCUCGUGGCGAGAAGCAUCCCAGUAACCCUUCUUGCAGCAAGAACAAGCAUCCUGCUAAACGAAAGACUAGUGAUGGAAAUGUCUUGCGUUUUCUGAAGAGCAAUAAUGAGAAUUCUGAAGCAAGCUCAAGCACCAAGAAGCUAAGACCAAGUCCUGUGACAGAAAUUGGAAAUAAUCUUACAAGAGAGACUCCGCCUAUCAGUGAGGAGUUAGUGGAUGAAGAACGAGAAUUCACUGUGAAUUUACGUGAUGAUGGAAAAGAGCAUGUGAGCAAUAAUGAGAAUUCUGAAGCAAGCUCAAGCACCAAGAAGCUAAGACCAAGUCCUGUGACAGAAAUUGGAAAUAAUCUUAUAAGAAAGGCUUCAACUGGCAGUGAGGAGUUAGUGGAUGAAGAACGAGAAUUCACUGUGAAGUUAUGUGAUGAUGCAAAGGAGCAUGUGGUGAGAGGCAGAAUCCAGGACAAUGUGCUUACUGCUCUCAACGCUGCUACAGAUGUUAGUGCUCGGAUAAACAAAGAGAAGGGCAAGGACAAGCAGAUCUACUUAAUAGGAAAGAAAGGAAUCGAGGGAUCCAUUAAUCUGGGGAUGCCUCUGAGGUACAUUCGUAACGGCUCCCAAUUUGAAAUGCGUUUUUUCAAAAUUAGCAAAAUUGAAAGCCGUGAUAGUUUAGGAUAUCGCCCGUAUGAGAGGAAGAAGAAAUGUGUCUUGUUCUAUGUUGAACAAAAUGGAACAAUCAAUGGGACACGAACCCAUAGGAUAAUUAGAUGUAUGCCGUUUAUUCAUCAACGCUGCAGACUGUGUGUUUUUGCCCCCAAAGGGGAAACCAUAAAGGAUGCUCUAUGCAAAGAUGGCCGCUUUUUAGAUGAGCUUGUUGAAAAAGAUUGGGUAUUGAUGGAUGGUAAAAAGUCCAUAUCUAACUCUUAUCCAGUUGACAUUUUAUCUGAAAAGUGUUUAAAGCUGGAAAUGAAGGCUCCAAGACGUGGUAAAUCUGCUGGUGGUCCAAAUAAUGAACUGAUUCCUCAGACUUCUCAUAAGAGGAAGCUCAAUCCUUCUCAUUGUUUUAAACCUGGUCUCUUGAACCUGUAUCCUGACUUGAAGGAACAAAGUUGCAUCAUUAACAAGUUCUUUGAAAAUGUCCCAAAGCAAGGCAAGAAUAAAAAUGUCCUUGGAGUUUACAAAGAAGCCUUUGGCAAGGAGAUAAAAAACUCCAUUCUGAUAAAGAUGCUAAAGAUCCAUUCUAAUCACAGUGACUCAGUCGGCUAUAUAGAGUGGGGAAUUGCUGAAAAAGGUGUUGCUACUUGCUUUGUCUUGUGUGAUAGGUACAUACUAACCUGCCACCAUGUGAUAAAGUUGAUAGUUGGAGAAAGAGUUGAAGAAAAUGAGUGGGCACGCAAAAUUAGCCAGUUGGCCCGUGUAACUUUCUCAUAUGAAGACAAACACCCUAAGGAAAAUGACUGGUUUUCAAUUGAGGAGUGGUUUGAAAUAUCAGAUGCAGCUCUUGAUUUUGCUGUCUUGAAAUUGAAGGAAAGUGGCAAUGAAAGUAGGCUUCCUGGGGGCUUGGUGCACUUAUCUUCCCCUCCACCAUAUAAUGGUCUUAUUUACAUCAUUGGCCAUCCAGAUGGAGAAGCAAAGUCUAUAGAUGGCUGUUUUGUUGUAAAUGUAUUUCAACGUCAACACGAGACCACUCAUCGUCUCCAACAGGGCCAGGGGACUGAAUCCAAGAACUUCAAUUAUGGUUAUGAUGCAAAGGGUAACAAGUGCAUCCAUUUGUACAAUCCAAGAGGUUUCUCAGAAAUAGUAAAUAACCCUGAUAUAGUCACCUAUGAUACUUCUUUCUACCAUGGGUCCUCCGGUUCACCUGUGUUUGACAAGAAUGGCCAGCUAGUUGCAUUGCAUGCUGCUGGUUACCUUUAUGGAAGCAAAUGCAAAAAGCGCAACAUAAUUGAAUUUGGCUAUUUGAUGACAUCGAUCCUCUCAGUAAUUAAAGAUAAAUGGGAAACUUGGUAUGAUUCUGAAAUUGGUCCUGCUGCAGGUGAUGGUAACUGGAAUUUUGACCUGCCUAUGGAUGUGGAAAUGGAACCAGUGGAUUAAUAUACUAUUAUGCUCAACUCCAUUUGUACCAGUGCUCAGAGGUU